AUGAUUUUAGGCUCUUGUUUGCAUUCACUUCAACUGAAAGCUUUGCACUCGCCAAGGUUUCAUCAAGCUCGCCCUAAUGACUAUCCCUUGGAGUUGCUGCAGCAAGAGCCGCCAGUUUCGUUUCACAAAUUUUGGCAACUUGAUCCAAUUGAAGUCUACUAUCAAUGGUUUGCCGCUGAGGACCAUCAACUGUUAGCUAUGGAAAAUCACGUUCAUAAAAAUCUUAUUGAUUUGGAAUACAGUUCCAUGAAUCGUAAGCUGUUGGCGAAAAUGGAACCCUUAAAUUUAAAUGAGAUUCCUGUUUCUUUGGAAUCUUCAUUAUAUCAUUCCAAGGAACACCACAUUGACCUUUAAUCAAAUAGUUUUUUAUCUAUGUAAAUAAAAUCCAAUAUAUUUUU